AUGGCCGCCGCAACGGCCAGCGAAAAACCCUGCCCGGACCCAUCUGUGCACGAGAAACACACCAAGCUGUCGGAGCAGGCCUCGUCCGCAGCCCUCUAUGUUACCCAUCCAGAGCGAAAUACAGAGCCGCGCGAAAGCCGCGAGAGUCCGCUGGGUCCCGAUGGCAACGCUGAAACAAAGAGCACAGGUGCCGCCACGUCAUUGAAAUAUGCCAAAGCCACCGACCUUCCGUCCUUUCCGAGCCAUGGCCACACUGCGGACUCGGCCGGCAAGGCCGCAAUGCUCGCCAAAGACUACAAGAUGAAAGAGCUGUGGCAGCCUGAGCUCAGCCAGGCUGGCUCGAGAGCUGCUCUCGUUGCGCAUGGAAAGGGUGGGAAUGUAGAGCUUUGGCAAGCUUCAGCUACAUCUGAUGGCCACUCUGCUGCGACACUAGCUAUGCGGAACAAGACAUUGAGCCCGAAUGUAGAUUACAGCGUCACGCCUGAGAACAGGAGCAAAGCCUUGCGAGCAGCGACCAUGUCACACCACACUGGCAGGCAACGAGCCGAAUCAACCCCUCAGCCGCCUCCUCCCGCCUAUCCCGAUUCACACCGAUCGGGCGCGAACGCUUUGAAUGCAGCGACAGCAUCUCAUCGUGCCUCGACUUUGAAAUCUGCCCCAGAUGGCUGGGACUCCGAGGCGAAUCAAGCCGCCAGGAUCAAGAAUUUGGGUGGUGUGAUGGAUCGAUCCAUGUUUACCGACCAUCCCGACAUCGACGUGGGCAAUGAAGAAGCCAAGCGUCAACAAGCGCUACGUGCAUCGGCAGUCUCGAUGGCAAAGCGCCUGUACGAGUCCCAAAACCGCACCGCUUUGACUUCUGACCCAGAUGAGAUUGCUGGAGCUCAAGCAGCUGCGAACCGAAGCUCAACAUCGACCCAGCCAGACUUGAAGACGGAAGCAAUGCGAUACAUCAACCUGCAAGAAGCAGCACACAAACUUGCUACUGAGCGACUUGCCAAAGUUGACAAGAACUUUGAAAACGCGCGAUACCGCGAAUAUUAUGGUUACGAAGACAAGCCGAAACGACUAUCAUCCAACAUGUCACUACGCAGCAAAAACCGAGGACGCCAACGUAACCGAGCGUCCAGCGAUACUGCAACUGCAGACUUCAGCGACAGUGACGACGAAGAGCAGGCGAGACGCAUUCGAACGCAAAUGUCGGCUCUGCAAGGUGGGCUUAGCCAGGUUGAUCAAAAGAAGCAACAAGACGAUCGUGCGAAGCUGCUGGCGGCGGCUGAGAAGAGGGUGUCCGCACGUAUGCAUAACAUGGACGAGAAGGUGUACAACGAGACUGGCAAGAUUCCACCAGCUCUGCAAGAACAGUGGGAGGCCCAAGCUCGCGAGAGGGCUCAGAAGGAGCGGGAGUUGGCAGCUGAGAAUCCGGGAAAGACACAUAUUGGAGGUGGAAAGUUUAUGGAUCAGUCUGAGAUCGAAGCCAUCGCAGCGGCGAGGUUGAAGCCUACACUAGACGAGAUCAACGACACUGCAGAGAAAAAGCGGGCACGCGAUGAAGAGAUUCGGACCGAGAAAGAAGAGCAGGAAAGGGUGAAGCGCGAAGACAAGGCCCAGAAGAAGGAGGAAAAGGAGGAGCAGAAACGAGUGAAAGAUGAACAGAGGGCUGCUGCCAAGCAGGAAAAGGCAGAGGAGAAGGCUCGCAAGGAAGGAGACAAGAGACUUUCAAAGGAUGACAAGCGCAAGAGCCGAGAGCACAAGAGAGACGACGCUGGUAUCGUCGCCGCUGGCGGUAUCGGAGCCGGCGCAGGCGCUGCAGCAUUGGCCGAGGGUGAAGCUGGCGAUGAGGCUACGGAUGGUGUCCAGAAGCACAGAUCAGCGCUCAGCCGGCUAAAGGAGAGAUUCCGACGAAGCCAACCUCCCGGAGACGAAAAGGUCGAAGAUGAAGAGGAGAAGCCCGCAACUGGCGCAACCGUCGCUACCGGUGCUGCUGGCGGUGCUAUCACUGGUGCCACGCUCGAAGAGGCUGCUGACAAGCCAACUCCAGAGAGGCCCGAGGAGCUCGAUCACCAGCAGGCAGAGCAUGCAGUCGCUGUGGAUGAGGCUUCGCCCGUCUCUCCUGUCACUGCAACCGAGAAUGAUGCUGCUCCUUCUGGCGUCGCAGCUGGAGACGAAGAGACCAGCAAAUGGAACCCAGUGGUCACUCCCGCGAUCGUAGCUACCGGAGCAGGUGCGACUGCGGCAGCCGUCGCUGUCAACGUUGAGGACACCGACGCACCAGUAGCGAAGAAUGAAGCUGCAAAGCCCCAACGACCUGGCUUUGAGCAAAAGCCGAGUCUCGCUGGCUACAACUACGAUGAGGACUCGCUCCUGGCCGCCAAGCCUGACUUGGAACAACACAUCUCUCACAUUCCAGAGAGCGACGACGAUUCAGACGAUGACGACUGGAACGAUGAGCGCGUGGAGAAGCCAGUUCCCACUUUGGGCGCAGACAAGGCGCAAGUUGUAGCCGAUAGAGUCGGCACAGCUCCCGUCACCGACAAGCCCAUUGAUGACCCCAUUCCUACCAACGAUCGAACCGACGAGACUUUGGCACAGCUGAACGACCAACGAGCCGAACCACCCAAGGAUUUGCCGUCGACUCUCGAGACGCCUGGCGUGCCCAAACCUGAGCCUGCAGUUGAGCCUACUGCCACUUCCGCUGCACCCGCUGAGACCGAGACUAAGGAAAGUACAGAGCUGGAGCAGAAGCCAACCAAGACGCAAGAAGCUGCAGCGUUUGCUAUUGGCGUGGCCACUGCCGGCACUGCUGAUGUUGAUCCCACCAAAAUCGCAGCUAAAUCAAGCAAGACUGAGCCAGAAAAGAAGACUGCCGCCGAGAGAACCGAGAAGCCUGACAGAGAAAGCAAAGGCUUCCGCGGCUUCUUCAAGAAAUUGAGGAACAGGGACUCGCGGUCAGAGAACAAAGUACCCGACGCUCUAUCGCCCACCGAAUCGAAUAAAUCGGUCCCAUACGAGUCAACCAAACCCGGCGACGCCCCAACGACAGACACAACCACCAACGGUGCCAAGCCAACCCUCCCUCCCGUCGAAACCGGUCCAAAGCUCGAUGAAGAACACGUCGGCACAGACGGCAUCAUCGGCUCCAAAGACCAAGUCAGCGGCAUAGCCGGCAAUCCCGCCCCCGAAAGCCCCUCCAGUUUCCGCCGUGGCGAAACCGCCCUGAACGACCCCGACGACCUGUCCUCAUCGGGCGCCGACGAGGACGACGUCGCGCGUGGCCGUGGUACCGGCCGCAUCUCCCGCAAGCUCGGCUUCGGCAGAGAUAAAGGCAAGGGCAAAGCUACGAAUGGGGGUCUUGAUGCUGCCGCCGCCGGAGACUCGGACCGCCAGAACAGUAACACUGAAGAUGAGCAGUUCGAGGAGGCGAGGGAUCAUUUCGACGAGACGCUUGCGCCGCCGCCGGCUUUUGCGGGACAGGCGAAGAGUGAGAGUCCCGUGAGGGGGACGAAGUUUCAGGAGGAACUCUGA